AUGGCACAACGGCCGAUCACAUCUGGAACCAUUCCCAGAACUGAUGUCAAGCUUUUUAUUUCCUGUAUUCUUGUCGGAAUCGAGCUUACAAGUCUCGUGCUUCGAGCGUUCAUUUCCGCACCGAGGGCGGAAGAGGCGAUCUCUGCCGCGUCGCCAGAUGUGUUCGUGGCUGUUAUGAUACUGGCAAUGGCUCGCGCCGAGAGCCACCACGCUAUACGUGCCCCUGGCUUCUUGAACCUCUACUUUGUUCUCGGAAUUGUUCUCAAUACAACAAACAGCAUCUGCUUCUUCCAUCGAGGACGACUUUCGCUAGGCCAACUUGCUGCCGCCGCAGGUGCCGUCCGGUCUAUCUUGCUUGUCAUUGAGGAACUGUGUAAGCGAAAGUUAUUUGAUGAGGACGACGAUGAUAUUUGUCGGGUCAUUGAAGAGGAGCUCGCCAAGGGGCACAUACGGCAAUCGGCUUUCGCAUUCUUGAGUCCCUUGUUUUUCGUCGCCACCCGCUCUAGAUUCUCUCUAAAUGACCUCUUCAGUCUUGGACCUGAAAUGUCGUCAAAGGUUUUAUACAUGAAGCUGACGCGUGCGUGGGAGACUGCCGAUUCGUCUGAGCGCCACAGUCUGGCCAGAUGCUGCAUGAGUGUAUGGGAUGGCUACUUCACCGCAGCCAUCCUCUCACGCGCAGUCGUUGCUGUCUUGUCUCUGGCUCAGUCGUUCUUGUUACGCGAUUUGAUCGUAGCAGCGGGGCUAGAAACACUGUCUUCACGUCGCAGCACUAUACUUUUACUCAUGAAUGUGCUUGUUUUCUGCGCAAAAAUUGCAUUGCAAGCUGUUUCUAGCUAUACCACGAACCGUCUGUCAGUUGCAGUUCGGGGUGGAUUGACUACUGUGGUUUUUGCCAAAUACCAAAAUCUUCGUCCACAAGGAGCCACAGUGUCAGCUGGUUUGUCAACUCUGCAGAAUGAUGUUGACAAUGUUUCCUCUGGAAUACCUGAGUUGCUAAAGGCACUCUUCACGUCUCUGGAAACUUUGCUUGGCAUUUAUUUCCUAUCAUUCUUUGUUGGCUCUGCGUCUCUGGCUAUGCUGUUGCCUCUGUUCUCCUUUGGUGGUUUUACUGCCUUAUUCGGUUCACGCAUGUCACGCGCUCUCGCCACCUGGAACAGCAGUCUCACAAGACGAGUGGAUAAAAUUUCAAGGAUACUCCCUCAAAUAAUUUCUAUGAAAAUGAUCGGCAUGAGCCCCUCGCUCACGGAUUCUGUCACUGCAUUACGAAGCAUUGAGCUAGACGACCUCAGGCACUUGCGUCUUAUUCAAUCUCUUUCAAUUCUUGCAAAGUCAUUAUCUAGCUUUAUAACUCCAGUCGUCAUCAUUUCUGUGGCUUUGUUCCGGAAGAUUCUGAAUGACGAGCUAUCUGCGGCAGGCAUUUUUCCUGCACUGAGUCUGAUUGCCCUGAAUUCAAGUCCAUUUGCAGACCUCAUGCAAGAAUAUCCCGAUAUUCUGGCAUUACUGAACUCUUUCGGCCAGUUACAAAGAUUUUUGAGUCUUCAGGAGAGAAUCGAACCGCGAAUGCUGCCAUAUGAGCUGGUGUCGACUCCACUGCAACCUCGCCCGUCUCUUUUCGAUGACGAGGAGGAAGUCUCUUCGGAAAAUCGUUUCCCAUCCAUUCAAUUUCAAGGCGUUACAGUCCGUCCACACGGUUCCCAGAAUGCCGUUUACAACGAUAUCAAUAUAUCUUUGUACCCUGGCACUAUUACUGCCUUGAUUGGCCAGAGGGGCUCUGGUAAGACAACCUUGCUGGAGGCGAUCUUGGGUGAGACCGAAGUCACCGACGGCGUUAUCUAUAUUGAUGAUGACUUGGUGGGUUUCUGUGGCCAGACCACAUACCUGCAAAAUGUGUCCAUCCGAGCCAACGUCACUGGCCCUCUACCGUUUGACCCUGCACGCUUUAAAACAGUUACACAUUGCUGCCUCCUGCAAGAAGAUUUGAAGCGACUACCUGGCGGGGAUGGAUACGUUGUAGGUGUUGGCGGUGACAAUCUCAGUGGGUGCCAGCGUCAAAAGGUGGCGCUGGCCCGUGCUCUAUACGCCGACCCAUCUGUUGUACUUCUAGACGAUCUCUUUGCUUCGUUAGACCGCAAAACGGCCGUGUCAAUCUUGUUUAGACUGUGUGGAAGUGACGGACUCCUACGAAGAAAUCACUGUACAGUCAUAUUCACGACAUAUUUGCCUGAAGCUGCAGAUGUUGCCGAUCGCUUUCUUACGCUCGACGUAACCCAGAAGGAUGUCAAGCUCGAGCGGAAUACUCAACAAAGAAGUAUUAUCAAUCUCUUACAAUCAAACUACGUCAGCGGAUGCGAAUCAUUGGAGCAAAGACAGCAAGAACUUAUCCAAAGAACAAUUUUUGAACAGAGAUUUUCCAAGUCGGAUGCUAAGAGAAGGAAACAACUUUCUCGGCCUGGGAAGUGGAGCAUACUCUCUUUUAUUCUCAAGCCUCUGGGAAUCAUCAACGUUGUCGUUUGGUGCACGGUCGUUUCUCUGAGCUCUGUCGGAGAAGUACUGCCAAAUUUCCUACUGUGCAGCUGGAUUGACUCCACCAGCAGCAACAGCAGUUAUAUGGCAUACGUGGCUACCGCUGUCUUGGCAUCCCUUACUUCGCCCGUUAUAUUCUGGUCGACUCACGCUUGGCUUUCACCAAGAGUGCUUGAAUAUUUCCAUGGGCAACUCAUAAACACGCUCAUGCACUCAACUCUCGGGUUCCUUGGCGCUACAAAUUCGACUUGCAUCCUCAGAAAAUUUAAGUCUUUGCAACAACUUGAUCGGCUCUUGGCUGUUUCGUUGUUUGGUAUCUUAUACUACGGGUUGUCACUCGCAAUGCAAUGCCGGAUCAUUUUUCAGGAUUCGAACACGCCGGCUGUCAUAGGCCUUCGUUUAUACCUUAUAGGCAUUUUACACCAAAUCAUCUUUAAUUUGGUCAAAUCUUCAGCUUCCCUGGACAAGUCCUGGAAUAUCCUAUCCAAUUUGCUCCUGUUCAUGCGCAAUACACCCCGCGAGGCAGAGCCCGCUGAAUGUGAGCUUCCCGACAACUGGCCUACUUCCGGGAAAAUUGAGUUUAGGGGAGUAUCGGCCCGUUACGGUGCCGACAUGCCGUACAUUCUCCGGGAUGUUUCUCUCUCAGUUGUGGCAGGCGAGAAAGCGUCUGUAUUUGGGCGCACUGGCAGUGGGAAAACAACUCUUCUGCUUGCGCUUCUAGGAUUUCUCGACUAUACUGGAAGCAUCAAAAUCGAUGAUAUUGAAGUUGCUACAGUUCCCCGUGACUUAUUGCGUUCUCGAGUCCUGGCCAUUUCCCAAGAUCCGGUUGAACUCGACGGUACCAUUCGAUCGAAUCUACUGCCUUACGAGCCAGCUCCUGGUCUUCACGAAACAGAAGCGGAGAUCCAAGCCGCAGCACUUGAUCUGGAUGACGAGCUUAAAGAAAUGCUAACAGCUAUUGGUAUAUGGCAAGAGAUAAAUGAUAAAGGGGGACUUUACGCAAACCUGCAGGAUGCGGAGCUUUCAAAAGCUGCAAUGCGGAUACUCUGCUUCGCCCGUGCGGUCGUGCGCUACCAUCGCUCACACGGACAACUUGUUCUCCUGGACGAAGCCACGAACGGCCUAAAUGUAGAACAAGAUACGGCUGUUCAGAGGUCCAUAUGGGAGUUUUUCGAGGGUUGUACUAUCUUGCAAGUUGCUCAUCUUGAAGCGAGCACUGAAGAUUCGGAGUUAAGCGUGGAGAUUGCUGAGGGGCGGAUUGCUCACACACAGCGAGGCCCGAAACAGCUCCCUGGUGUUGUGUCUCGCAGUCGUGAGAUGCUUUCUCCCGAAAGUAUGAUAUCGUCGGUCGGGGAUGAAAGAGCAAGCUCUAGUCGCGCCGCGUCGCCCGAGGAGCAAGCGAUUCCGGCCCAGAAUCACUCUAUCUUCCUGGAUCGACACACUUUAUCUCAAAUACCAGCCAUGGAGCCGCUAUCUGGUCAGAUUCUUUGUCCAGAUGAUCAUAUGAUUACAUUGCGCGAUCGGAUGCUAUCACCGAGACGAGAGGUGCCGCUAGAGGGCGACAUGAUCCCCCCUGGCGGCCACAUGGUGACAUCCACGUACCGUUCUACGUCAUCUUCAGACGAUGCGCAUUUUGGUAAUGGCGAGCCGAUUGAUAAAUCGCCGUAUUAUCGCGAUGCAUCGACUGGCUAUGGUGACUCGGUGUAUGACCCAGCAUCACAUUAUGACUCCGAAGCGAGCUUCCGAGAGCGUUAUACUGGACCAACGGAAAACACAUUUCAUCGAAAUACGGUAUCAUCCGAUCACCCGCUACCACAACCUGAUCUAGCCUCGAACCUCGACCAUGUGCCGGGCUAUCAAAUGAAUUUGCCUUACUUCCAAGUGCAGCAAUCUUCACAACAGGUAAUGCACGAUCAGUACGAUCAGGUGUCCGUGUUGGACCACAUGGCGACGCUCAACUCUGCCCCACCGCAUACUUUUGAUCCAGAGGCGAAUUAUCUGCCACAGAAUCAACAACAAGCAGCAAAUAAUCACUCUGGCCAGAUGCAAACAACUUAUCCUAUAGAUGGGCUCGACUCGACACAGGUGCCAGAUUAUCACUUGCUGCUGGGCUAUGGUAACCCGAAUGGCAUGAUGCCUGCCAUUGAGCCAGUGAUGAAUUAUGACUCGGCCAUGAAUUACAGUCGCCCAUUGCAUUACGAUCUUCGCUCAGAGUCUGCCGUCACGUCGGGCUAUGAUUCCAUUUCGCACUAUAGCGGCUCCAGCUAUGACAAUGGUUCCCGGAAUAGCGCUCCAAUGGUUCACUAG